GACACUUGACCCCUUCACGCUGACUUCAGAAUCGCGCGCGUUCCUACGGAAUCUGCAGUACCUCGUCGAUCAUCGCACGCGCUUAAUUAUACUCGCCACGCCGAAUUCGUUUGGUCGUUGGCAAAUUCGCCCUCGUCGAUCACGUGGAUCAACAAAACGGGAUCGCGCGCGCAAUUCGCGCCGAAACUUGCAUCAGUCCCCCGCGUCCUCAACGCGUUCGACAUUUCGGCGCAAAAGACAAAGUGACAAUCCGAUUUCUGACGAAAUAUGGACGACAACAUGAUGCAAUUGAAUGAGACCGGCAAAGACUUCGAGUGCAAUGAAACGGAGCUGCCGGAUAAUUUGCGCUUCAAUGACGGUCACUUGGUGACGAUAAUCACUUACAGCAUACUAAUGGCGAUAUCAGCCGCUGGAAAUAUUACCGUGCUGAUAACGACCUUAAUAAAGAAACGGAAAUCGAAGUCCCGGAUAACCACCCUCGUAAUGCACUUGGCGAUCGCUGACCUCCUUGUGACGUUUUUAAUGAUGCCGCUCGAAAUCGCAUGGGCAGCUACUGUGUCUUGGGAAGCCGGUGACGCGAUGUGUCGCAUCAUGGCUUUCUUCAGGACAUUCGGCCUGUACCUGUCAUCUUUUAUCAUAAUUUGCAUAAGCAUAGACAGAUAUUACGCUGUAAUGCGACCGCUGCAGGUGCUGGAUGUUUACAAGAGAGGAAAAAUAAUGCUGAUGAUAGCGUGGAUGAGUUCCGUGCUUUGUUCAUUGCCACAAAUGCUGGUGUUUCAUGUCGAAAAGCAUCCGAACUUCACCUGUUUCACCCAGUGCGUCACCUUCAACACUUUUCCGUCGUACAUGCCCGAAGUUUCGUACAACUUGUUCAGCAUGGUGGCAAUGUAUUGCUUACCCCUCGUUGUUAUAUUCUACACCUACACCAGUAUUUUUCUCGAGAUCUGUCGCAGAUCUCAAGAAAAUGGCGAAGGAAAAUUACGUCGUUCUUCGAUCGGUUUUCUAAAUCGAGCGCGAGUGCGCACUUUAAAAAUGACGAUAACCAUUAUCGUCGUCUUCAUCGUCUGCUGGACUCCUUAUUACGUAAUGAGUGUUUGGUACUGGAUCGAUCGAUCGUCAGCUCGAGAAAUCGACGAGCGCAUUCAGAGGGCUCUCUUCUUUUUCGCGUGCACCAAUUCGAGCAUGAAUCCCAUCAUCUACGGCAUUUUCAACAUACGACAGAGAAACAAAACAAAGCUUCAGUCCUAUCCUCUUCUGAGGCCGAUCAACACAACCAUGGAACUUCCAGUCGUUGCGCGCCGACGCGUACAGCCACCAUCGAGACCCGAAUCACGCCGCUGUCUCUUUCCGUCAGAAUUCUCGAUUGAAGAUGAACGCGACGUUCACCAGAUCGAACGGAUGCGUUUAGACGAGUGAAAAAUCGACAAAUGUCCUCGUCACUCUUCGCAACUCUCUUUCUGCGAAAUAAUCAGAUUACUUCACAAUACACUACAUAUCGCAGACCUCUGUGGAUACCGUCCAAACGCCAAUGCAAAUCAGUGCAGCGUCGUGCAAUACACAGAACUCUCAAAAAGUUCCUCAUUCAUAUUCGGAUAAUUAACACGUUCCGUGUUCUAACUCUUUUUUCACGUCUUUUCAUAGGCGGACAGACCCAUAAAGAACUCUAGAACCUGGAAGAGACAUUUAUAAUUAUAAAUAUUUUAUUAUGAACAUGUUAUUAUUUAAUUUCGAACAAUUUUACAUAUUUGAAUAUUUUUACACAUUUCUGUAUAGUUUUCCAUUGAACGCGCACGCGUUUAUGCAAUAAGAUGAAGAUCACAAAAAUGGCCUGGAACAGAAAAAUAUCAACAAAAGUCACAAAUAAUCCAAGAAUCACGGAACGUGUUGAACAGCAACGAUAAAAGUAUCUGUGAUCGAUCGAGUUGAUCCAGAUGAAGAAAGAAAAUCCUGACAAAUUCUCGGUUCACGCACGACGAAGAAGAGAUAUUUUCCUUAAACUGCGCGCUCGUUCAUUUUUGGAUGUAUUUAUUUUUUCGACGUUAGUGCUAUAAGAUCUAGGACUUAUUUUAUACGUAUUUUAUAUAUAUAUAUAUAUUUUAUACGUAUUGAUAUGACACAAGUAGAGAGCACAUGCGCACACGCCUUUUCUCGAAUAUGUGUUUUUUGUUUUCCUCUUCUUCUUCUUCUUCUUCGUUUUAUAAUUUUUUUCAACGCGCACGCGGCUGUACAAACAAAUAAUUACGUAAGAGCUACUUGUAUACUGCUUAUGUUUUCGUAUAAGUUUCAUAAAAAUGGAAACGAAGAUAUGAAUAAUUUGUGUUCGUGUCUUAUCUACAAGUUUUAUACGUGAAUAAUACAUUUUUUCGUUAUUUAAAAAUUUUAGCGUGUUUAAUUUAAGGGAUAAGUUUGCAAGACAGACUUACUACUGUAUUUCUCUCUCUGUGUAAAUAAACAAAAAUAUAAAAUAAGGCGUACA